AUGGCAGACGCCAAGCCUUCCGUCCUCAUUGUAGGCGGCAUGGGCUAUCUCGGCCGUUUCCUCGCUCUCCACAUCCACAAGAAUAACCUGGCGUCCGAAGUGCGCCUCGUCGAUAAGGUUUUGCCUCAGUUAGCCUGGCUGGCACCCGAAUUUUCCGACGCGUGCUCCCAGGACAAGUUUGUGCAAGCAGAUGCUAGCAGACCCGAGGGUCUUGGCAGAACAUUCGAUCGCGCCGACGGCAAACAAUGGGACUAUGUUUUCAACUGCGGUGGCGAAACGAGAUACUCUCAAGAAGACGAGGUCUACAGGCUGCGAUCGCUAAACCUCUCUGUCGAGCUCGGCAAGGAGGCCGCCAAGCGCAAAGUCAAGGCUUUUGUUGAGCUUAGCACUGGCAUGGUCUACAAGUCGGACUCGGCACCGAGCAAAGAGGGCGAUAAGAUCAAGCCAUGGAGCAAAAUUGCCGUCUACAAAUUGCAAGCCGAAGAGGAGCUGGCCAAGAUAGACGGUCUCAACCUCGCCAUCGUGCGACUUCCCCACGUCUACGGCCCUUAUGCUUCGCAAUGGGUCGCCACAGCCCUGUGCAUGGCCCGCGUCUACCAGCAUCUCGAGGACGAAAUGAAGUGGCUGUGGACAAAGGACCUGCGCACAAAUACUGUUCAUGUUGAGGAUGCAACUCGUGCUCUGUGGGAUAUCGCAGCCUGGUUCGAUGCCGGCAAAAAGGGCUGGGAUGCUGCCGAAAUGGGCAAAGUGCCCACGUUCAACGUGGUCGACAAAUCGGCCACAACACAGGGUACCAUGGCCGGCAUUAUUGGUGAAAUCUUCAAGAUUGAGACUGGAUUUCAAGGUCAACUAGUGAGCACGUUUGCUCGCCUCAACCUGGAAAGUGUUGUCGACGACGUCAACGACGAGGUGCUUGGACCGUGGGCAGAGUUGCUGACCGAUGCCGGCAUCACUCGUCCGGGACCCCUGACACCAUUUAUGGAAAAGGAACUUCUUAAGGACACGGACCUGAGCAUGGAUGGAAGCAGGCUAGACAAGCUGUUGGGAUUCACGUACGAAAAACCGAAGAUUACCAAGGCACUAGUGGAGGAGGUCAUUGCGAGCUACAAGAAGAUGAACUGGUGGCCGUAG